GGCAGGUCCACAAACAUCUUGGRAAAAGGAAUAAGGACAUCUAGAAGAAUACGGAAUCAUGUCGGAACACGGCAAUACACUUUUACGCACUGUGAAAGCAAAACUUUGGUCGGAUUUGUUGUUUUGUGUUCUCGAUAAGAAGGUGGUCUAGCCCAACUUUGUAAGAGAAACGAUUGGUCUGUGUCUAUUCUCGCUUCAAUCUGUAUUUUGUGGGAGAGAGUUUGCACGAAAGUAACGGAUUUAAGUAAUGGAUCAAUCCUUCGCAAUUCAAGAGAUUUUGCCACAAGGCGAAAAUUGCGUCAUAGUAUCCUUUAUAGUGCGCACUAAAUGUUUUUUGUAUCACUCCGAUGUUAUGAGUGCGUUAUCUAAAGGCUGAUGUUUGACUUCCUUUGGAAGAAGAAGACAAUGUUUCAUUCCGACGUAGCCUACCGGCAGUUCACCCAAGGCGAGGYCGUGGAGUUUGUUUGUCAAGGCCUAAUAGGCUAUACGUGUGUGUAUCUGAAUGGGGUGAAAUUUUGUAUAUUUCAUUCAAUAGUACAAUUGUUUGGAUUUAAUAGGCUUUGRGUGUAAAGAAGAAGAAUUGCAAAUUGYUUAAUUAGGACAUUGGUGCUGCUUUUCGAUUGUAACACAAGUGUUACACUAGUAUACGCCCUUAUGUUACACUAUGGACAUUGUGUUUCAAUAGCUAGGGCUGACUGGGGAUUUGUGAAGAGCAGAAUCAACAACCUCUGCAUAAGAAGGUGUUAAAGUUCACAGUUAGCCAGUGUUAUGUAAAUGACAACUGAAAAGUACCAGUGGCCUGGCUUUGGCCCCAAGUGAGAGCAGGACCGCUGGAGCCAUGGCCAAURAGACACAGGUCCCGGGCUAAGUAGAUGGAAACAGAAAAGUUUGAGCUUUUUGUGUACAAUAUGAUAGGUCCUCCACUGGGUGGCAAUCUUAUACAAGCUAAUCAAAUUCAAUUGUAUUUGUCACAUGGGCCGAAUCCUUAACUGUAGCCUACUCUAGACCUUCAUACUUUCCAGACAUUAGAUUUGUUUUAUAGCAAUGACUAGGCCUCUGCUCUUUGAAGGUAAUUGCUGCAUAAUGUUUUUCCCAAUAUAAAAAAAAAAACUUUUCAUUUUGAUAUCAACACUUGUGUAGGCCUAUUUUCAAAUGUGACAUUGUGCAAAAAUCUAUGCAAUUCCCUUAACCAGAUUGUUGUAAACAUGCUGUUCAAUGUCUUGUCUUGGUGGACAAUGUCACUGAAAGCAGACUAUUGGGUUUGGUGGAGCGCACCAAGGAACAUGCGCUGUUUGUUUUUACCCAUAGAAGAAUGGCGAUAACUGGUGAAGAUGUCACAUUGGAGGACAUUUUCCCCAUCUCUAAUGACUUUGCGGUUGUGGAAAUGUCCUCGGCAGAUGAACUUUCUUUUGUGGGUGCAGACACUAGAGUGAGGCUGAACUUCCAAGAUGGGGAGCUGGAGGUGAGGCUUCCCUUUGGCUCCCACUCUCGCCUUUUCCUCAGUGAGGUCAACAGAGCCUGGAGUGAUGUUUGCAAGUCUCCCAAGGAAGCACCGAAGUUUGAGUGGCUCCACAAGUACCGCAAAGCCUCCAAAGGCCAAGGUGGCGUCAAACAGACCCUUGCACCCUUGGGRACGACACACACCAAGAUCAGCCAGCAUAAGAAAACAGGGAACUCAUUGAACGCAGUAAGCAGAUCCCCAGUAGAAGGAAACAAGAGGGUGAACAGUGGAGUGGAGCACCCCAGAGUGGAGUCCGGCCCAGUGAGCCAAGGGAAAGUGAAGCGUGAGGGCUGGGAUGAGCUGAAGCGCGAGGGCAGGGAUGACCUGGUACGCCAGUCCAGCCACACAGCGUCCAACAAAGCUACAAUGCUAGCCAUGCCGCAGUUUGGCCUGCGCGACAACCUCGUCCGCUGUGAGCUGCUCAAGAACGAGGACAUCUACACCUACCUGGAGAAUUUCAGUUUCUUCCUAGGCACGUACAAUGUGAACGGCCAAACCCCCAAAGAAGGCCUCCGUCCCUGGCUGGGCUCCACAUCCACUCCCCCUGACAUGUACUGCGUGGGGUUCCAGGAGCUGGACCUGAGCAAGGAGGCCUUCUUCUUCAACGACACGCCCAAGGAGACCGAGUGGAUGARGGCUGUGUCUGAGGGGCUGCAUCCAGACGCCAAGUACGCCUUAGUGAAACUGGUUCGUCUGGUGGGCAUCAUGCUGCUGUUCUAUGUGAGGAAUGAGCACGCCAAGCACAUCUCUGAGAUGGAGGCAGAGACCGUGGGCACCGGCAUCAUGGGUAGAAUGGGAAACAAAGGUGCUGUGGCCAUCCGCUUCCGCUUCCACAACUCUGACAUCUGUGUGGUCAACUCCCACCUGGCCGCCCACAUCGAGGAGUAUGAGAGGCGCAACCAGGACUACAAGGACAUCUGCAGCAGGCUGCUUUUCCGCCAGCACGACCCCGCCCUGGCCCCACUCGCCAUCAUGAAGCAUGAUGUGGUCCUAUGGCUGGGUGAUCUCAACUACAGGCUAAGUGACCUUGAUGUCGACAAUGUGAAGGACUUAAUCGCCAAGAAGGAUUUUGAAACGCUGCACAGUUAUGACCAGCUGAAGAGACAGAUCGAUGAGAAGGCUGUUUUCGUGGGCUUUGUGGAGGGAGAAAUCGGCUUCCUGCCCACUUACAAAUACGACACCGGCUCCGACCAAUGGGACACAAGUGAAAAGUGUCGUGUGCCGGCGUGGUGCGACCGGAUCUUGUGGCGAGGCAAGAAUGUGCGGCAGCUGCACUACCAGAGUCACAUGGACCUGAAGACCAGUGACCACAAGCCAGUCAGCUCCCUGCUGGAGAUAGGGAUCAAGCUGGUGAACGAAGAGUCUUACAAAAAGACAUUUGAGGAAAUUGUGCGCUCGCUGGACAAGAUGGAGAACGAGUGCAUUCCGUCCGUAACUCUGUCCACGCGAGAGUUCCACUUCAAAGACGUGAAGUUCAKGCAGCACCAGGCAGAGACUCUGAMCCUCCACAACGACGGACAGGUCCCGUGCCAGUUUGAGUUCAUCCAGAAGCUGGAUGAGCCCACCUACUGCAAGCCCUGGCUCACCGCCAACCCGGCCAAGGGCUUCAUCGCUCAGGGCGGCAACAUGGACAUUGACCUGGARGUGUUUGUGAACCGCUCCACCGCCACGGAGCUCAACGCAGGCCGCCAGCAAAUCGAGGACAUCCUGGUGCUCCACCUGGAGCGGGGCAAGGACUACUUCCUCUCUGUGUCAGGCAACUACCUGCCCAGCUGCUUUGGCUCRUCCAUCCAGACCCUGUGUCAGCUGAGGGACCCCAUCCAGGAAAUGCCCCUGGAGACCAUCCGGGAGCUGACGUCAUCAGGCGAUGAGACCAGRACCGUAAUCAUCGAUAAGCCCCUGGAUAUCCCUAAAGAGAUAUGGCAGAUGGUGGACCACCUAUACCGUAAUGCUCCUAAACAGGGGGAACUAUUUCAACAACCUGGRCUCCGCAGUGAAUUUGUGGAGAUAAGGGAUUGCCUUGACACUGGCAUGCCAGACUCGCUCCCUGGCAGUAACCACUCUGUGGCAGAAGCACUGCUCMUCUUCCUCGAUGCCCUCCCUGAGCCUGUGGUMCCCUUCUCCCUGUACCAGCAGUGCCUGGAGUGCUGCUCCAACACCAGUCAGUGUAAAAAGGUUGUAUCCUUGUUACCUCAGUGCCAUAAAAACGUGUUUAACUACAUAGCGGCUUUUCUCCGUGAGUUGUUGAAGCAUUCUACACACAAUAGCCUGGAUGUCAACAUUUUAGCCACCAUUUUUGCUKCCUUGCUACUGAGGUCACCYACGAAGCAGGACCUUGCAGAGAAGAAGAAGACCCAAGAGUUUUUUCAGCAUUUCCUAGUCCAGGACCUCUCUUGAAUGGAAGUGUUUUCCUGCCAUGUCUUACAUGCUACAAACUCUUUUAGAUACUAUUGUAGUUUAAUGUACAGCUCAGUAUUUGUAAUACAUGUAAUAAGUUCCUAUUCAUAUAGAUGGCUCUUUGUAUAGGUACACAGUCAGUCAAAUUGAUUAGGCUUACGCUCCUUUGAUUUGAAAUCAMCUAUGUUUUGACAAACUAUGUUUAACCUGUAAGCUGUUGAUGUACAGCUUUUAUUCUAUCACUGAGCAGCUGUAGURAACUGACCAUUUUUAAUGUAUGUAUAUUUACCAGUUUAUUUAAAGAAAAAACUAUGUUGUGCUGUUUUUGUGAAGGAAAAACAGCGGAUCGUUAUUUUAUAUAUGAAAGUACUUCAAACAGUUGUGGUUUGACUUUUUUUUCUCCCCAUUUAUCAAGCAAAUUGAAAAAAGUUAGUUUGGAAUUUAAUAAACCCACUGUCACAUUU